AUGACCUACUCCGAGUUCACCCACGAGCGCCCCCUGUACGGGUACGAGCUCACCCCUCCGAACCCGCAAUGGCCUAACGGCGCCAAGAUCGCAGUGACGUUCGUGAUUGAGUAUACAGAGGGCGCAGAGAGCAGUACCGAGCAUGGCGAUGCGUCUUCAGAGGCGCUCUUUAAUGAGCUGGUCAUCGACGUCUCGAGGCAGGCAAGGGACGACAUGGUCGAGUCGGAGUUUGAGUAUGGGCCGAGGGCGGGCUUGCCGCGCUUGAUCAAGAUGUUCAAGAAAUACAACAUGAAAGGCACCUUCAACAUCGUCACCCGCGCCCUCGAGCGCGCCCCAUACUGGCAGAAAGUCAUCCGCGAGUCGGGCUGGGAGCUCUCUUGCGCCGGCGCGAGGUGGUUGGACUUUAUGCACGUCAAGCCCGAGGAGGAGGAUAAGCAGCUCAGGGAGGCUAUCCAGUCGGUGGUGGAGAUCAGGGGUGGGGAUAAGGCUGCGCCCAUGGGUUUAUGCGUCGGUCGGAAGUCCAACUACUCCCAGCGGCUCUAUGCCCAGGCGUGCGAGGAUCUCAAAGUCCCGAUGCUAUACUCUGCCGACUCUUUCGCGGAUGAGAUUCCGUUCUGGAUCACCUCCCCGCUCGCCACCUCCACAUCCGACCCCGGCCUCCUCAUCGUCCCCUCCUCCCUCGACACCUCCGACUUCCGCUUCAACGUCCCCGGUCAAGGAUGGGGCACAGGUGCCGAUUAUCUCCAGUAUCUCAAGGACACGUUCGACUAUAUGAAGAGCGAAGGGGAGGCGGGGAUGGGACGAAACAUGGUGGUUCAGCUGCAUCCGAGGAUUAUCGGGCAUGGGUCUAGAGCUUAUUACCUGGAGCAGUUCCUCAAAUACGUCUCGGGACAGUCCGAUGUCUGGGUGGCAAGCCGCGCUGAGGUCGCCCAGCACUGGCGCGCGACUUUUCCAUACGAACCCACCAAGGCUCAAGACAAGGUAAAGAUCCCAAGGAAUGUCAACCCCUUCCAGAGCUAG